AUGUCCGCGCUGCAGCCUUUCUUAAAGGGUCAAUUGAACGCCUUUGGCUCAGAUUCCCGAGUGAUAGCCUCAAAGCUGUCCACUAUUGUCUCAGACUCUACUGAUGACCACCAGAGCGCCAUCGAGGAAGUAAUAGCCGCAGGCGACCUUCCUUUGUCAAUAGUUGAGCUGUUGCAGUUCAUCAAAUCCCUGAUCCGAUAUUCAAACGAUGAUACCACAUUGUGCGGAUGGUUGCUAAACCAACUGAACGAGGAUCCCUCCAUAUACAACCUGGCUUCCCUCCUAUUUCCAAAAGCGCAAUUUGAGAUAGGGCUCGGAGCUCGUCAGCGCCCUUCCACCAUAACUAUCGAGAGUCUUGAAGACUUUCGCUCCAAUUUCUACAAUAAUGAGUCCCUGGAGGUCAUUAUCGUUCUACUCAAAGCCGGCAAAUUCUCGGUCUCCAAAGCUUGCGCGGUAACGGCUCAGAAGAUUUUGAGAGUGAUGCUUUCUAAGUCCCUUGACCUUGAGGCACCCCAUUUACACAACGUGGUCUCAGCAGAGAUAGAGAAGAAUGGGUUUACUCUGCUAGCGUCCGACUUUUCUGCCGCUCUCACACUUAUCAAAUCCAUAAAAGCUCUGUUACGGCUUGUAGAGGAUCCAGAGGAUGUACCUCUAUUGGAGCGAGAAAACUACCAUUCAGUUCGUGAUAUUUCACUGAAAAACAAGGUAGAAUUUUCUACUCAGAUGCAGAGAGCGGGCAUGAAAGAGGAAAAUACUCUCAAAGUGCAUGACUGUGCUGAGCGUGUUGAUUGCUGGAACGAGCAUCUGUGGCUUGCUCUCAUGGAACAUCGACGACAGGACUUUGUACCUAUAGAGCCCCACAGUGGCCGGAAGAUAACGGCCGCAAACUCAUCAGGUCGGCCACCCAAUAAUCUAACGGACAUCUUCCGGCUAGAAGAUGUAUCUUGUGAAGAAUGUUGCUCGGUGACGAGUCUUUCUGCUUAUUUUGCAGAUCUCUUGCUACUUUUACAAAAGACUCCUUUACCAAAUGCCUCGAAAGAGUCCGUAGAACUCACCCUAAAAAAUGACAUAUUGGCUGCAGCUCCCCAAGAUAAAUCUCCCACGAAAUCAGAACCAAAAAACUUACUGGAGGUUCUUUCACUUCGACGGCCAGACCUGGAGAAGCUUGAGCUUUCAUGUGCAAACUCCCGGACGUUAAUCCCUUACAUUAGUUCUGUGACCGAGGUCUUGGAGUCCUACAUCCGAUUCCACAUAAGUGGGAAGGGAGAGGUGAUUCAAGCAUACCAGACUCCUGAAACAGUCGAAUCAGAUGCUGAUAAUGGCCAUGGGCCCGUAUAUCGACCAGGAAAUAUUGACUUUGGGAUAUAUAGGACGAAGAUCGAAGCUCAGAUGUACCCCUUUUCAUGCUUUCCAUAUGAUUAUUCGCGCGACCUGCUCCUUGAAACGUUUAGAAGCUGGGGACUUUUCAAAUUUUCACAUUUCAUCAGGACAUUCCAGUCACUAGACUCCAUUCUUAGCAACUUGCCUGUACAACUGCGUACAAACAUGGACCUCAUAGAGAGGCUCCAAGUGGCAGCGCAAGAAGUGUUGGAUAGGCAGUACGCCGCUGAAAUUUUGAGACUGUCGCUGUCAGAUUUUUCUGCCAUCACUGGCCAGACAUUUUAUCCGAGAAUCCUGGCCGAUACACUCAAUGGUCUACCAAAAACAAAAUCGUUGAAAAUUGAUGCCGUUGCGAACUGGGAGAUUUCUAUGCUCUGGGGCUAUGAUAGUAAUAAAAUAAUGCUAAGUAUGGAUAAGGGAUUGACUAACAUUAAGCGGAAGUUCAUGCAGAGAUCUGGUCUUGAGUUCAAAGAUGUCUUAGAGCUGGUCAAAACUCAAUUCUUUGGGCAGCAUCUAGUUAUUACCAACUUAAAGGGAUCUGAAACCUUUGAUAACUCUCUCGAGGAAUUACGAUUGCUUUGCAAUGCUUCCAAUCCGCCAUUCAAACCAUUGACCAAGAAACUAGCCUUCAGUAUCCAGUCUUUCCUCCGCUUACAGGCCAAGCUUAAGUGGUCCACGAGGGACUUGGACGCAGCAAUUUUCCGGUUCCACAGCAUAGAGAUGGAGAAAUCGGCCAGCACUAACCGCAAUGCAGAGCUCUUGUCCGAAGAUAGCACUGAUGAGGAGGACGAUGAUGACGAAGAUGAUUUGGAUGAUGCCCAACCUUCAAAAAACAAGAAGAACAAGGGCACUACAAAGGGCGAAUUAAAACGAGCAUUGCCCAAAAUGAUGUCAAUCUCGCCCUAUGUCCUUCGAUGCAUUGCUGCUCUCACCGAACUCAGCGAAAUAACCGCUCUACCUCCCGCAGCUCUAUUGCCUCUAUGGGGAGAGAUGGACACUUACGGCAAACAGUCCUUCUUCCAGCGUCAAUUCAUGUUGAAACCCCUUCAAAAUCUUGAUAGCGUAUUUGCUCUUAGCAAGGAUGGGGAGGGAAAACCCCAUUUUUUCAGAGCUGACGGGCAACCCACCAGCGUGGAAGGCCACAUAAGGGGUAUCUGUGAGAGCUUAAAAUGGCCAGCGGACCAUUUCGAUAAGCUUCUCAAAGUCACAAAUCUAGAAAACGAGGAUCUAGAUAUUACAAGCUUCUCUUUGCUCUACCGCUACGUAACUAUAUGCAAGAUACUCUCGGUCCCUGCCAAAGACUGCGUCGUCUUCUUCCAGGCCUUCUUCCGAGAUGGAAGGGAUGCUGUUCUUUCAAGUCCCUGGAACACCCUAGAGGCUGUGCAGGGCUGGAAGGCUCUGCUAAAAGAGGGAUGGCCUAUCGAUUCCCUCGUUUUAGUACUAGGGCAGGUCGACGCACAUAAUGAAAAGAAACUUCUCAAAGCAGGAUUGUCGCUGUACACCAGUAUUUCCGACGUCUCGAAUGAAUUGGACAAGACGCUCUCCUACGUUCACACGACGUCUUCUCUUAACGUAGAAAAUGUUAUAGACUGUGCUACACGCUUAUUUGGCAGUGAGAUGGCAAGCUCAAUAGUUGAAUAUGUUGAUGAUUCCACGGAACUCUCUGAGCUCCUCAUUAAGCGAUCACCCUUGAUACAAGAGCUUAUUUCUGUAUUGAAGAAGGCCCAGUCAGCAAUAGACGCUAUCGAAAUCCCUCAAAAAGCGGCCUCUCCAGAUAAUAGUGGCGAAGCACAAACCGUCACUGAGGAGAAGGCAGAAACUGGGAAGGACACAAUGAUUCAAGACGCCACUUUGUUGUCUCAAGAGGAGGAGGCGCAAACUAAAGCUGCAAUUCAGUGUAGAAUGCGAAGGUCCGCUUUUGUGGAAUUUGCGGGCCCUCUAAUCAUCCAGAGCUCUCUUCAGACUGCCAUUGUGGAUAUCAUCAAAGACAGGUUUCCGGACCUUGACUUGCCUACUACGACUACCCUAUUAUCUGAUAUUAUCAAAACAAAGGGUACCGAUGGCAACUCCAUCGAGACGGCAAUGUCAGUUUUUGAGCAUCUAAAUGAUCCUAUAGCUGAAACCGCUUCCGUGCAGCCGUUGGAUAUUUAUUUCUGCCCAGGCACGACGGACGAAUUCACAUUCCAAUAUUUCGAGCCGGCAAUUGAAGAGGCGAAGGCCCCUGCCAGUCCAAAAAACGUUGAAAGGCAUAAGCAACUGAAGAUAGACGACAUUGAAAUUGAGUUCGAUAGCUUAAGUAAAAGUUGGAAAACCCCGCGACUAACGAGUGGUCAAUACUACUUGUUGCAGAGUCAAAACAUAAGCCCUGCCAACCUUUCGUGGUAUACAGCCAAGUCGAUCAAACCCACAAAGCUCUUAGGCAGUAAGGUGGCGUUAGCGACCACCAUCGAGAAAGCAGCAUCACUAGCUGCUGCUAUUGGACGUACCACAAAGAUUUGCGAGGUGCAUGAACUAGAAGCGGAAGAACUCAAAUAUAUGGCACAGUCAGCACGGGAGACGAACCAGAAUCUGGCAAUGGACUUGAAUGCACCUAGGCUAGUCGACUUAAUAAGACUAUGCCGAUAUGCCAAAGUCAAGAAGGCCGCGACUAAAAGCAAAGUCAGCCUAGUCUCCAUGUUCACAUGGCUAGCAUCCACCAAGGAUGCAGAUGUCAAUAUCAUCGCAGCAAAGAUUGCAGAGAGCACUGGCUGGGGUGUCAAACGAGUAGUUGAUCUUUUGGCGGCCAGAUUUCCUACAUAUUCCGGCUCUGCUAUUCUGGAGAGUCUGCGUGAAUAUGACUCCUUUCUGAAGCUGCAUGAGAUCAUCACACUUGAUGAUACUAUUCGCUACGGUCACAGUGAUGCACAAGCACCGACCAUGGCCAUGCUCUUCGAUCUCGCCCGGCCUAGGAUAACGAUCUCUACUACAGAGCAAGACUUUGAAAAAUCCAAUAUUCUGCAUGGCACACUUUCCACAUCAGCCAAGGCAGAGGUGGACGAGCGCAUGGCACCCCGACGAAGAGAUGUGCUGGUCCAGUACCUGCUUCAGCAGAGCUAUAUUCGCAAGGAUCUUGAGAUUUACGAUGCAGAUGGCCUCUUUGAACAAUUUCUUGUUGACGUACAGAUGGGCCCUCAACUUCGCACAUCUAGAAUCAAACAGGCCAUCUCAGUGAUCCAACUCUUCAUACAGCGCUGUCUGCUUGGCUUAGAGAAGGGUGUUCCCAAGAGUCUCCUCGGUCGGGAAAAAUGGGAUUGGAUGCAAAGUUACACUUUGUGGGAAGCUCACCGUAAGAUGUUUCUGUAUCCCGAGAACUGGAUUCAUCCUACUUUGCGCGACGACAAGAGUCAGUUGUUUGAACAGUUGGAGGCCAACCUCAUGCAGAAGGAUAUGAGCCUUAACACAUUUACCAACUCAAUUCUCACCUAUGUUAUCAGCCUCAAUGAAAUCGCUAGUCUUGAUGUUAUAUCGUAUCUACACGAGUGGCAUGAAGAAUCAGAAGAAAUAUUUCAUUUGUUUGGACGCACAAGGGUGUCCCCUCAUACAUUUUACUACCGGUCUCUCACCCUCUUGAAUGAGAAUAAUGAUAUUUUCUGGCGACCAUGGACCAAGAUCGAGAUGGACAUCCCGUCCGUCGAGAUGGAGUGGGAUGGGAAGCGUUUGGCAGAAGGGGGCGCAUAUCUCCUUCCAGUGCUCCGUGACGGUAGAUUGUAUCUGUUUAUACCACAAUUGACCCCCAAGGCCACUCCUCGAGAGCGCACAGCUGAGGAGAAGGCGAGCAAAUUUGAGUCGAUGAGAACUCAGACAGUUGGCACAGCGGAUCCACAACGGACCUGGGAGGUAUCGAUGGGGUGGACGGAGCUCGUCAAUGGGAACUGGAGACCCAAGCGAGUAUCCCCUGGCAGUUUUGAGCUGAAGCAUGAGGCCGAAAAUUUCAAGCUACCUUCCUCGUCUCAGUUCCGAAUCGACCCUAUCUUCUUAAGCGACAGACUACAACUCGUUGUUAGCUAUGCAGAGACCAAAACAUCCCUCGGCAGCUUGAUUGCGGGAACGUUUGAGUUCUGUUGCGACCAAAUUACCGUGCUGGAUGGGGUGACCCAUCCUACGCCGCCAAAGCAUGAUUAUCCCACCUAUUUUAACAAGGUGUCAGGUGACGGUGCGGCAGUAGUAAAUAUGGCUUCGGACAAUGCCACCAACGGGACGUCUUCAACAGGACAAUCUCCUCCCAUAUGGGUGCCAAAAGACGUCAAUGAAAACCAGAAGAACAUAAAGUGGACGCUAUCUAGAACCCAUAGACAAACCAUCGGUUUGGCGCUUGACGUGAAAAAGUCCAACGGGUCCAGCAUUAGCUAUUUUAAUGUUCCUCAGAAGCCUCUUCGUGGUGCUAAGUGGUCCAUGGAGGACCUCAAAUAUAAGAUGCAGUUGGCGACCAUAGACCACACAUUUUCUCAGGAUCUUAUGCGAGCAGCGGUUGAUAAGGUCGACCCAUUAUCCCGAAUAUUUGCUAUUAUGUCUAGGUUGGACGCUAUCAAUAAUAGCUUUGGUCAAAUUGGCGGCUACACCUUCUACCAUGAGUUGGGUCAGCCAGCAGCUCUGUACAACUGGGAACUUGGAGUGCAUGCCAUUAUGCUUGCAGUCGACCGUUUUGCCUCCACCCACCAGUUUGACGAGGCGCUGCAAGUGGCGCGGCUUCUGUUCGAUCCCACAGUUGAUAUAGAAGUCGGUUCAAAGCUCCCAAAUGAAACUGAAACCCAGAAGAACAAGCAGCAGAACAAUCAGCAGCAAGAGGAGGAACAGCAAUAUUCAUGCUGGCGCUUCCCUCCCUUCCAGGACAUGAGUCAACACUUCUCCACCGAUGGCGAAGAAAAUUUCAACUUCGAAAGCUUGGCCAUAGAGCUGCAGCUGGCCAUAAAGGAGCGCCGUUCACACGGCCAGCUUGUCCAUGCCACAGCAAGAGGUCGGCCAAGCGCGUAUAUGAAAUGGAUCGUUAUGAAGUAUGCUGAGAUUUUGAUCGCUGCCGGCGACUUGUACUUCAGGCAGGGCACGCUGGAGAGCCUGCCACUGGCUACGCAGCGCUACAUUGAGGCGGCCCAUGUUCUCGGCCCAGAGCCACCACAAGUGCCAAAACUGGGCAAGCGUAUAGGCAAGACAUUCUCAGAAAUCAUGGCCGAGGAGACUAAAUUCGAUCAAGCCAAGUAUACUCUCGAAUCACCGUUUUCACCCGAAUUGGAGCUUGGAGAUAAAGGCUCUGCCUCCACAUCUGAAAAAGACCCAACGAAGUGUAACAUUGCUUGCUUUAUCAAGACUCGCUACUUUUGCAUCCCCAUCAACCCCAAGUUCAAGCAUAUGAGGGCUCUCGUACACCAGAGACUGUUCAAUACCCGCAACUCACUUGAUAUAGACGGAAAUCCUGUCAUUUACGCUCUCAGGGAGCCACCCAUUGACCCUGUAUCUCUUGUGGCGACGGGCAAUCAAGAAUUCGGCAUUUCAGAGACCUUGAGAAUGGUGUCUGGUGAUCGUGACGGGCCAUUACCCAGACAGAGAUUCGAAGCACUGCUGAGUCGAGCACUUGAUCUAUGCUCGGAAUUGCGGUCUCUGGCAGACCGUUUCAUCAGUGCCGUGGAAAAGAAGGAUAGUGAAGAAUACAACCAACUUCACGCCCGGCACACAAGCUCAAUACAAGCUAAAAUGCUUGAAAUGAAAACGAUGCAGCUUGGCGAAGCGCAACAGAAUAUCGAAGCCCUGAUUAUCAACAGGAAGAAUCUCGAGUCGCAGCUCGCGUUUUACCUUGCACUUACUGGUGACAACGAUACGGUAAAAGUUCCCACUCCACAGGAAGAUUGGAAGGACAUAAAACAGAGCAUCGGGUCAGUCACUCAGGAUAAUGUUCGAAUGUCACCCUACGAAAUGCUGGAAAUGAACUUGGCUACCAUCGCGACCGGGCUUGACAUUGUGGCAGCCACGACGGACAUGAUUGCCCAGCCAUUCGCUGCCCUACCAACUAUAUCCGUCAACGCAGCUCCGUUGGGUGUUGGCGCCAGUAUUUCUGCCGGAGGGUCUAACAUUGCGGCUGGCAUUCAAUCGGCAAGCCAUAUCUUCCGUGUGUCAGGUAUGAUAGUCCAAGAGGGAGCCAGCCGCUCUGGCAGGAUGGCACAGAUGACCAGACAGCUACAAGAGCGUCGACUACAGGCGAAUAUGCGGGGUCGCGAGAUUAAGGGUAUUGACAAACAGAUCGAGAUGGCUGAAAUCCGCGUCAAAGUAGCGAUGAAAGAUAUUGAGAUCCAGAAGUCAGAGAUGAACGAAGCCACGAAAAUGGAUGCUUGGUAUCGUACCAAGUACAGCAACAAGGAACUUUAUGGCUGGAUAGAGAAGAGUCUGAGAGCAUUGCACUUCCAGGCCUAUACCUUGACUAUGACAAUCGCUCGUAAAGCAGAGACGGCUCUCUCGUUCGAACAGGGGCGUAAGGUGUCGAUUCUCAAACCCGCCGGAUAUUGGCAAGCCGCCCAGGACGGUUUGCUCUCUGCCGACCACCUCUACCUGGACCUAAAGCGUCUCGAGGCGGCGUACCAUGACGGGCCUCAACCUGACUUCAACAUCACCAAGACCGUUUCCCUCCGCCAAAUCGAUCCGCUUGCGCUCUUAAAGCUACGCUACACGGGAAGUACCACGUUCUCAGUUUCAGAGCUCCAGUACGAUAUGGACUUCCCAGGUCACUACAUGCGCCGGAUACGCUCAGUGGCCGUGUCGAUCCCGGCGGUGCUGAGCCCGUACAGCAGCAUUAACGCUACUCUGACACUGACAACGCACAAGUACCGGCUCAGCAAUCUGUCAAGCAAUACCGCGAGCUAUAGAGACACCAGCAGCAGCAGUGACACAUUCUGUACGCGGCGUAUACCUAUUUCCUCAGUAGCAAUCAGCUCCGGGUCACAGGAUUCAGGCGUUUUUGACCUGAACUUCAACGGGCCGAGGUUCAUGCCUUUCGAGGGCGCAGGCGCCAUAUCGUCGUGGAAGCUGGAUUUGCCGACUGAAGUGCGCAAGUUCGACUACGAGACCAUCAGCGAUGUGCUACUCCACGUGCAUUAUACGUCGUAUGAUGGCGGCGCUGAGCUGCGUAAUGCGGCGAACGAGUAUGUCCGCCAGCAGGUCGGUCUGGUGCAGAGUGAGGGCCAGAAUGAAGGUUUUUGGACGUUAUUCGAUCUCAAGAAUGAUUUUGUGAAUGGCUGGCAUGGAUUCACUUCUCAAAUUCUGGGAGCGAGUAAGAAGAGGGAGGAUAUCAGUGCGCUGGCUGAUACUGGAACUGGCUCUAACACUGCCGUGGUCGCUACCACAGUGGCUACUAAAACCGCCACUUCUACCCCAAUAGGCUUUCUAGAACUGGGGAAUCUGAAAGAGAGAUUACCGUUCUGGUCGAGAAGACAGCCAAAGCUGCAAGUGAGAAAGGUGGGACUCAUGUCGAGGAGCGCGAAGCUCGUCAAAGGCCUGACCAUCUCCCCAGUUGCAGCACUGGCAGAAAGUUGGCAGGAUCAAAAGCCGGAUGUUGGUAAAAAUUCAAUGAGAAUGCGUACUGGAUUGGCCGAAGACAGUUUACAGGGGUGGGUUCUGAAGGCAAGCGGAGCGGUCCUUGGUGAUAAAGAGACCACGGUCGAGAAUGUGUAUAUGUUGAUUCAGUACGUCUUCCAACCGUAG